CGGAAAGGGGUUUCUACCGCCGCGGCAACCUCGAGCCUCUCGUUCGUUUUGCUGCUCACUUCAACCCCUGGCCGUCGUGCUUCUCCUGAAUCGACAAGACGUCAACUUACAUAUCAAAACUCGAAUGUGGAGGGUCAUAUAAGUCGUAUCCCGGCCCUUAACGAACAUUAACUAUAAGUUACAUACUUAGUAUGUCCUCCGUCCCAGCCUUGCUUCCCAUCGACCGAUUUGGCAAACGGAAGGGGACCAAGAGUGCGAUUUGAUGCCUCUCAUGCCCUUUUUUCCGCUCUCUUUCUUCUCCUUUUCGCCUUCCCCCCUAGCUAGUAAAAAAAGAGCCACAUUGUAUACAAGACUUGUCUGCUUCCUGGCGACUUUCAAGCCAAUCCCGACAAUGCAGGAAGUAAGAUAGCGGAUGGAGUAGGUGUUGGCUUUUUUUGUCUGCACCUUGCUGGCCCUUUUCAUUGUUCAACCCGCAGCGCCCCCCCUUUUUUUUACCCUGAACUUGCAACCAACAUUUUGAUAUCGUCUCCGAUUUGCUUCCCACAGAGCAUGGGAAGGGAGCUUGGACGGUAAUCAAGCUUGGCCCACGGAGAAGAAGAAGCAGCAAAGAGAAGACGAGCAGAGAGAAGAUGAAGGGAAGACAGCACAAGAGAAAAGAAGAAACGGUGCAUAAAGGAGGUACACUGCAUCAUAAUAGCCAAUAUUCCGCAUCUCUUUCGAGAACCCUUGCAAACUCACCAGCAUCUUCGCAGUGCGUAACUCGACUUGACUGCAUCUUGAUGGUACGAUGCCUGCUUCGUUCGCUCUCUCGGCGUACAUGCGUGCAUGCAUACAUUACUCAAGUAGCCUGGACUAGUCGGGACACUCUCUGUAGCUCAAAGCGUUCUCCUGCUCGCUGCCUGUCCGUUCCCCUUGAUCCACCAGCGGCAGGCGGAAUAUCCGCCGAUUGACCAUGCACCAAAACCUGGUACCGAAGCCCCUUAGCCUCCCUU